GAUAAAUUAAUUUUAGGUUCAAAUCAUAAUGUUUGAUUCACUAGUUGAACUCUUAAAAAUCUAAAGAAAUAAACCCUAUCAAAGAUUUCAAAACUAUUGUUUCUUUCAAUGAAGAAUUUAUUAAUUGAAGUAACUUACCUUAUUUUAGAUUCCUCACCUGAUGUAUGUUUAGCAGAAUUGAAUAAUAAAUGUCAUUUAGAUUUCUAAUAAUUCAAAAUAUAGUAAAAUGAUGAAGUUUUAAAAUGGAAAUGGAAGAUAAUCAAAAUUCAAAUAAAGAAAGAGAUUCAGAAAAAGAAUAGAACAUAAUUUCAAGAAGAUUUAACCUCUAUUUUAUUAAGUAAUGGAUUCUAUAAUAGAUUCACUGAGACUAGUAGUCAAUAGAAGUUUUUAAUAGAAGAAUUAGAAGAUUUAGACUUAAGUUUUUAAGUAUUUAUCAUAACAAAAUCAGAGAAUACAUGUUGUAAUUGAAGAUAUGAUACCCUACAGAACCCGAAGUCUUUUCCCUGAUCAGAUUUAACUUCUUUUCUAUAAAUUCCAGAACCUUAAGAAUCUAUGGACUAAGACCAAAAGACCAGCAAACCAAGAGACAGACAAUCAGAAGAUUCAGCCUUGAGAC